AUGUCGGAGACACUGCCAUCGAUUAAAACUAUCAGUAAAUUUGAUAUCUCCAAAAUAACCUCGAGCCAAGUUAUCAUUGACCUAAAGGCAAUCAUUAAAGAAUUAAUCGAGAAUUCAAUUGACGCCCAUGCCGAUAAAAUUGACAUUAUUUUCCACAAUUAUGGCGUUAAUUCCAUUCAAAUUCAAGAUAAUGGUAAUGGUAUAAAUGUAACCGAUUUUGAAACUAUUUGUCUACGUAAUCACACAUCAAAAAUUGAAAAUUUUGAAGAUUUGGAUCAGUUAACAACUUUGGGAUUUAGAGGAGAAGCGUUAAAUUCGAUUUGUUCUUUAAGUAAUAAAUUAACAAUUACAACUACCAAAGAGGAUCUUUACCCUAAAUGUCAUGUUUUGAACUAUGACAAUAUGGGACAAUUAGUUGAUCAACGUAUCAAAGUUGGUGGGUUAAAUUAUAAACUGGGGACUUCAAUUAUGAUUGAACAACUAUUUAAGAAUUUGCCAGUUCGAUUGAAGAAUUUCGUCAAAAAUUCGAAAAAGGAAUUUAGCAAGGCAAUUAAUUUUGUCAUCAAUUAUCUCAUCAUAUAUCCACAAAUAAAAUUUACUAUUUAUAAUGUGCUUAACAAUCAUAAAAAGUUAAUUCUAGCAACCAAAGGUGGAGAUAAUACAACAAUUAUAGAUAAUUUGAUUUCAAUAUAUGGUAAUAACAAUAACAAAAAUCUAUUAUCAUUAGAUUUGGAAAUAACCGAAGAUAUCAAAUUGGUGGGAUACAUCUCAUCUUAUUCGUUUGGGUUGGGUCGCUCUGCUCCUGAUCGUCAAUUUCUAUAUUUGAACAAGCGACCAAUUGUCUUUAAGAAAUUAUACAAAUUAAUCAAUGAAAUCUAUAAAAGCUAUAAUCAUGUACAGUAUCCAAUUUACAUUAUUGAUAUAGUUAUCAACCCAAAUUUAGUCGAUAUCAAUUUAUUACCUGACAAAACUAAUGUGUUAAUCAAAGAUGAAACUACAAUUUUGCAAACCAUUGAAACUAAACUAUCGGAGUUUUUUGAAGUGCAGGAUACUAUGAUCAUUCCUAAAAAUGAAAACUAUCAAGUGAAAAACUCGGAAAUUGAAAUAGUUGAAAAAACGGACAACAAAAACAUAGCUGUUCAUGAUGAUAUUGAUACCAGUUAUAAAACUAAAAUUAACGCCACUAGAUUAGAAGGUCCAUCUGAGGAUAAAGAUGAUUUGAACGGGAAUGAUAAACAAGAAAAAACGGGUGAUCAAGACGAACAAGAACAAGAGAAUGAUGAUGAACAACAACGACCAGAAGUCGACAACGAUGUCAUCAAUUUGAGUGAACCGGUUAGAAAGACCGAUAAGGAUUCAGACAAUAAAAAAGUAUCCGAAAUCGACAAUAAUGAAAAUGUAGCUAACCAAAUAUCUACAGUGAAUCAACCUUCAAAUCUGCAAGGUGUUUUGUCAACGAACGAACAGAAUGAGAUGAGUGAGAAUAUUAAAAUCACCACUUUUGAACCUAUUCUCGAAUCUGCUGAACCUCUGACAAUUGAAAAUAAACAUAUAAUAUUAGACGAACCUGUGGUAUUGGAAUCAUCUCAAGAGAACAAUAACAAUUCAAUUUUCAGCUCUCAUGAUAUUAAAUCAUCUCCUCAAAACACAUGUACGGCUGAUACCUUAGAAAUGAACAAAUUAUUUUGUCAUCAAGAACAUGAUGAGGAAGAGGACAAAUGCGAUCAUCAAGAUAAUCAUGGGAAGAAUUUCUAUCCUGUCAAACAUAAAUUGGAUGAUAGUGAAGAAGAAAAUAUGACAGUGAUUAGUAUUGGGGAUGAAACAUUUCAACAGUAUGAUGAAAGACGUCCAAGUAAGAGACUUAAACGAGAUAUGCUUCGUAAUAUGUACAAUAAAAAAAUUGUCAAUUCUUCACAGGAUAUUCUCAGUUCGAUAAAUAAAAACUUGCAAUCUCCCCAAAAUCAAAGCGAGUCUAUCGUUAUUAAAAAAGAACCAGACGAGGUUAAACCAAACUCAGUUGAAGACUUGCAGACCAAUCAACAACAGCAAUAUGAAGAAGUUGAAAGUUAUCAAAUUAACAAACAAGAUUUUUUAAAAAUGAAGCUAAUUGGACAAUUCAAUCUAGGAUUUAUCAUAGUCGAUUUUGAUGACAAUAAUAAUCUCUUUAUUAUAGAUCAACAUGCAUCAGAUGAGAAAUAUAAUUUUGAAAAGUUAAUGGCAAGUUUCAAAAUAAACUAUCAAUUGUUAAUUAAACCCAUCAAAUUAGAAUUGAGUGUAAUUGACCAAAUGUUGGUUAUCGAUAAUCAAGAGAUUUUCCAUAAUAAUGGUUUCAAAUUGAAAAUCAAUUCCACACCGGUUGAUAAUGAAAUCUUGCUACUAACAUUACCAAUUUAUCAAAAUAUCACAUUUAACUUGGAUGAUUUUAAUGAAUUAUUAAACUUGGUUAGUCAACAACAAGAUCAAGUAAAUCCUAACUUGAAAUGUUCUAAAAUUAAGAAAAUAUUGGCAAUGAAAGCUUGUCGUAGUAGUAUAAUGAUUGGGACUUUUCUAAGUAAAUCAAAAAUGAGGGAAAUUAUUUCAAACUUGAGUACAUUAGACAAACCUUGGAAUUGCCCUCAUGGAAGACCGACAAUGAGACAUUUAAUUGAUAUAAAAAAUUGGCAACCCACAUCAUCAGCGUCACGAACACUGCUGAAUGGCUUUCCACUGACUAGUGUCGACUAUGAAUUAUAG